AUUCCUUAACCUUGCGAACCCCCGAGACCAUAUCGAAAGCCAGAGCUGUUGUGAAAGAAGAGUCAAUAAGAAAAUGGUUCAGAGAACUGGAAACAUAUUUGACUGAUGAAAAUUGUCGAGACCUUUUGGAUGAUGCAACACGUAUUUUUAACGGAGAUGAAACAUCACUCAGCCUGGCACCUAAGACAGGAAAUGUCAUUGGUCCAAGAGGAUACCGCACCUUAUUUCAAAUAAAAUGUUCUAACGAAAAAGAAAAUAUAACAGUUCUUCUGGUUUUUAAUGCUAGUGGUGAAACAUUGCCACCGGUCGUAGUUUUCCCUUACCAAAAAGUACCAUCGAAAAUAGUUAAUAGUAUGCCAGAAGAUUGGGUCGUUGGUCGCUCAGAAACUGGGUGGAUGCGGACGUAAACAUUUUUUGAAUACGUUGCGAACGACUUUUCAAAUUGGCUAAAUCAGCAUCAGAUUAAAAGGCCAGUGCUUCUUUUAGUUGACGGACACAAGUCGCAUAUAUCUAUGCACUUAAGCGAAUUCUGCUCUAACAAUCAGAUUAUUUUGUAUUCCCUCCCACCUAACACAACCCAUAUAAUGCAGCCUGCAGAUGUGGGAGCUUUUAAAGGCCUCAAGAGUGAUUACAGGAAAACUUUAAGAGAAUGGAGCGUUUUACCAGAAAAUCAUGGUAAAACAGUGACAAAAACGAAUUUUUGCCAACUGUUAAAAGUUGUUUUAGAUAAGAGUGAUCGUUCCCCAGUAAUAAAAAAUGCAUUCCGGAAGUGUGGCUUAUUUCCGUUCGACCCCGAAGCCGUUGACUAUACAAAAUGCCUUCACAAUAAUUUGGAGAGAGUGAAUGAAUCCAACAAUGAAGUCACGGACGUAACUACCAAUGAGAUGGAGACAACAAAGAAAGUUUUGACAUUUUUUGAAAGCCAAAUUAUUGAAAAAGGGAUUGACUUUCAAAAUUUAAUUUAAACUCUAACAGAUGCUCACAAUAACCUUCCGAGUUCUCAGGUUCCUGAACUACUUGUAAUGCAAAAUAGUCCAUCUUUGCAAACAGAAAAUUUAGACGAUAUGGUACCAUCAGCUCAAUCAACAAAUGACGAUUUAGACCUUAUUGUAACAUCACCUCAAACAACCAAUGAUGUUUGUAUCGACGAAGAUAUUUUAGAAGAAGCUUUGGAAGAAAUUUUGAACCCCCAUAGAGAAAUCUCUGACAAUUUUACAAAAACAAUCACUGCCGAAUCAGUUACCACAGCCCUUAUUACAAGCGAAACCUCUACACCAUGCAAUAGCCCAUCCUCCAGUUUUUCUAAACAUUUAACAUAUCCGGAUCCCAUAACAAAUAAGAAAGGUGUCACAUUACUCCCAGAAAAUAGAGAGAAAAUGUCGAUCUCAUCUGCUAAAUGGAAAGAGUUUUAUAAAAACAGAGAACGGAUUAAGCAGGAAAAAAGAAAGGAAAUUGAAGAACGCAAAAAGAAACGCAAGAUCCUGCAAGAUCAGAAACCAAAAAAUAAACAAAAGAAAAAAGUCAAUGUUUCAGAAAAGUCACGCAAAAAAGAAAUAUGUGAACAAUGUAACGAUGAACUGGACACUGAUGCAGAAGAUGAUGCAUUGAAAAACAUUGGAUGCGACUCAUGUAGCAGAUGGUACCAUUUGUCCUGUACGAAACUCUCUACGAAGACAUUCCAAGAAGCACAAAAUGAGGAUUUUGUUUGCGAUUUAUGCGCAAAUUAAAAUAAUG